AUGCCUGCAGAGGAAAGCUGUCCAUCAGGUAGUCGUGCAACCACAUUUCGCCACCUCACUGGUCAAUCAGUUCAACGAUCGGAAUGGUUCGACUGGGGCUCGUCACUCGGAUCCACUGUUGCGGCAAAUCCGAAGUUCCUAGCUGUGGCGUUAGAGGGAGGGUCUGGAGGAAAGAUCGUGGUCGGCACGCAUGAUGAUUUUGGGAAAGAGGGACGACUUGGUCUGGUUCAUCUACAGGAUCAUACGGGUGCCGUUUCGGACAUUAAAUGGGACAACUUUAACGAUAACGUGUUAGCGAGUUGUUCGGCAGAUUGUACAGUGAAAAUAUGGCACAUAACGGAUCAGAUGAAGACGCAAUGUGUACGAACGUUAACACGGCAUUCUCGACGGGUUGAUCAAAUCGAAUGGCAUACAACAGUGGAUAAUGUGUUACUAUCUGCUGGCUCAGAUUGUAAACUGAUUCUAUGGGACGUUGAAGCCAGUUCUGUGAUUUUUGAGAUUUCCGAUUUCCUCUCGUCUUGUAUAGCGUUUGCCCCGAAUUCAUCGAUAUUCGCCGCCACAUCCAGGCAAACCCACCGGUAA